AUGCUGCUGAGGCUCUUGCUGUUGAUCUGUGCUCCACUCUGUGAACCAACUGAGCUGUUUCUGAGUGUCAGCCCUUCUCGGCCCAUAGAGGGGAACUCAAUGACCUUGACCUGUAAGACCCUUGCACAGAACUUAGAUGUCCAGCUCCCGUUCCGCUUCUACAAAGAUGGCCGGCCCCUUGGGCUGGCCUGGGACAGAUUCGCGGGGCUCCAGAUUCCUGCCGUGUGGAGGGAAGACUCAGGGUCCUACUGGUGUCAAGCACAGACAACAUCAUUAAAAGUCAAAAUGAGCCAGAGAGUCCAGAUUCAAGUGCAAGGAGUCCCCAUCAGUAGCGUGAGCUUGGUGAUACAACCUCCACGUGGACACCUGAUGGAGGGAGAGAAGCUCAUUUUUGUCUGCUUGGUCACUGGGGGCACAGGAGCUAUCACCUUCUCCUGGUUCAAAGGGGCCCUGGGUUUAAACCUGGAAAUGAAGACCCUGCGUUCACAGAUGGCAAAGUUUGAGAUCCCUGCGCUGAGGGAGAGUGACUCUGAGCAGUAUUACUGUGUGGCUGACAAUGGCUUUGGCCCCAGGCUCAGCGAGCUGGUGGGCAUCACAGUCAGAAUUCCAGUGUCUCGCCCUGUCCUCACCCUCAGGGCCCCCAGGGCCCAGGCUGUGGUGGGGGACGUGCUGGAGCUUCACUGUGAGGCCCGGAGAGGCUCUCCCCCGAUCCUGUACUGGUUUUUUCAUGAGGAUAUCACCCUGGGGAACAGCUCAGCUCCCUUUGGAGGAGUGUCCUUCAACCUCUCUCUGACUGCAGAACAUUCUGGAAACUACUUCUGUGAGGCCAGCAAUGGCCUGGUGGUCCAGCGCAGUGAGGUGGUACCACUCAACAUCACAGUGCCUACAGAGGACAGAAAACAAGUUCUUCCUUCAGGAGUCAUGAAGGUGCUGCUUGGCAUCCUUGGUCCCACCACUAUAGCCCUAUUAUUUUGCUGCUGGCUCAAGAGAAAAAUAGGAAGACGUUCAGCCAGGGAUCCACUCAGGAGCCUUCCCAGUCCUGUACCCCAAGAAUCCACUUACCUCAACUCACAAGUCCAAGAGCACCUACACCCUGACUAUGAAAAUGUGAAUGUUGUAAGUGGGAAUGAAGUUUAUUCUUUGGUGUACUGUGUGCAGCAGGAACGGCAACCAGCAGCAGAAGAACCCCCGGGGACAUAUAUUGGGGAUAAGGACUUCUCAGCCAUCUAUUCUAGGCUGAAGAAGGUGGAUCUUACAGAUGUGGACUAUCAAGAUGCUAUGUAAAGUUGUGGAAGACUCUGCUCUUGAGAAACCAUCAAUGACCCCAUAUCUUAGAAUUGUUAUGUCCUUCAGAGAUCCUGGGAGAAUCAGUGUUCCAGUACAUCUCAUCCAGGUGCUUUCCUCCAUGAGACUAUUCCUGCAUCUACUGUGAAGCGAAGUGGGCUCAAGCUUUGAAGAGAUCACCCAGGAGAAACAACAUGAACUCAGAAGUGGGAAUAAAUUUGUUACUAGAACCGGAUUCCUAUUGGUUCUUUCAGCUACAGUUCAAACUCCGCUCUAAGUUCUUUUUAAAAGAGGAAACAGGGCAGGAAUAAAAGAACUUGAGAUUUUGAGGUAGAGGGACGUGAAGCUUAGGGUGCAUGAACUCAAGGGUAGUGAUUUUGUGCGACUGCUCUAUACAGAGAGCUGUGUCCAUAAUUUUUUGUUCAAGUGCUUUUUCUGCUCAGACAGUAUAGAGCUUCAGCCCUGGUCCUUGCAUUAAUCUUCCUGUUUCUACAUAAAGUAUGUGACUCAGUGAAUUUGGGGAUCACUGUUACUAACCUAGAAUUAAAGCAAAGUUACAUAAAAUGUCAUUGUGGUUACAUUCAAUUUUAAUGACAUAUAUUGUAUGCACAGGCCAAUUUAGA